GCUUCUAACUCGGGCCUCUUGUUAAGCUGUUUAUAUAGAUAUCCAAGCACAUCAAUGUUUCUUCCUCCUUUGACCUUCGAAAUUUCUGUAACACAGCACAGAGCCGGCAACUUCCAUGGCUGCCAAUACUAACUCUUUCUGGGUCCCUCCCUCCAAACGCCGAAAGAUUCUUCUUGAGCACCACGCGCCGCCGCUGAUACCUGGUCUUCCCGAUCAUAUAGCCCAGUUGUGUCUCUCUCUGAUUCACCCUUCCAUCCUCUUCUCCGUUUGCCACUCAUGGCGUCGCCUUAUAUACUCCUCUUCCUUCCCUCCUUUUCUCUCUCUCUACGCCGUUUUGACUUGCAAAGCCUAUUCCGAUUCAAUUCACUUCUAUAGCUUCGAUCCCAUCUCGUCCCAUUGGCGCUCCCUUCCUCCUCCUCGGCCGGAUCCUCCCCUCCGCAUCCUCCUCCGCCACCCCUCCUUCCUCUCUCGUAACCUCCCAAUCCAGUCCAUCGCCGUCUCCGGCAAUCUUGUGCUCCUCGCUGCCACGGCACACAACCUCUACCCUGCCCUCUCCCGUCCUCUCAUCUUCAACCCCCUUCGCCGGGACUGGAACGUCGGCCCCUUGCUCCCCAACCCUCGCCGGUGGUGCGCCCUGGGUACCGCUCGCGGCUCGGUCUACGUAGCUAGCGGAAUCGGAACGCAAUUCUCCAUCGACGUCGCUCGAUCGCUUGAGAAAUGGGAUUUAAAUGGGAAAUCCGGCGAGGUUUGGGAGAAGAAAACGGGUCUGAAGGACGGAAGGUUUAGCAGAGACGCAAUCGAUGCGGUGGGAUGGAGAGGGAAGAUCUGUAUGGUAAACGUGAAAGGGAAUGCGGCGAAGGAAGGAAUUAUGUACGACGUUGAGAACGAUGAGUGGAACGACAUGCCGGAGGGGAUGUUAUCAGGAUGGCGAGGGCCUGUGGCCGCCAUGGAUGAGGAAGUGAUGUACGCGGUGGACGAAGCGAAGAGCGCUCUGAGCAAGUACAAUGCGAAGAAUGAUGCUUGGGAAGAGGUUAUGCAAUCCGAGAGGCUCAGAGGAGCGGAGCAACUCGCCGCUCAAGGCGGAAGAAUUUGUGUGGUUUCCGCCGGCGGCGUAGGGAUAUCAGUGGUGGACGUGGUAUCAUCGCCGGCGCGACUCUGGGAGGUGGAUUUGCCGGCAGGUUUUGAAGCAGCUGCCGUUCAUAUAUUACCCAGAAUGCCGAUUCCUGAACCGCCGGAGUCAUCCGACAUAGAUUGAUUUUCUUUUUCUUUUUUUAAUUUUUUGAAAAAAAUCCUCAAUUUUUAAUUUGAUAUCAU